AUGAUCAUUGCAAAGUUCUCUCGAAAAAUCAACCCGCUACACCGAUCCAAACGCCACGAUCGAAACCCACCGUCCGAUGGCCGUCUGCCAGGUAUAUCUCUGGAGGACGUGUCUCAGGUGGCACCUGCCCCUCCACCAAAAGACCACCGGUAUUCGCGCAAGUCAAUGGACGAGGACAGCAACGAACGACGGCGCCUGCGGCAUUUGAGUCCGUUCAGAUCGUCGGAAAAACGAGCGUCUGGAGAGUAUCUUCGCCAGGCUGAGAAACCCAAGACAAGAGGAGCAGGAGAGAGACGACCCGGAAGCCAAACCGCAACACCCAGCCCGCCGCCGGUCCCCCACACCAACCCGAACCCCAACAACAGAGCUUCCCUCGACAUGAACCGUCCAGACCUGCCCGAUCGAGGUCCUCCCAAACCCUCACGCCCUGCCACCGACGACUCGGCCGUGUCUAAUGCGAGUUACUCCACCGUAAGUACCUCCUUUGGCGCAGGACACAGCCAGAGCCCCUCGUACCCAAACCCCGGUAGCCCCAAUCGAGGGAGCCCUAACAUGGGACAUCGCCGAGGAAGCCCUAAGAGCAGCCCUAAGAUGGGAAGCCCUAACAUGGUCCAUCCUAACCUGGUGCACCCCAAUCCAGGCUACCCUAAUGGUGGCCGUCCCAUUCAAAUCCCUGGCCAACAUCAGCAGUACCCUAGCCCUGGCCAAAUCCCUAGCCCCGGUUCUGCUGGUGCCAAAACCACCGUCAAGUCGCCUCUGAUGCGGCCCGAUUCGCCCGACCAGCCGGUGCCCGAUAUGACCGACUUCAACCGGUCUUUCCAUGUGCAGAAUCCCGGCAAAGUCACAUGUGGAUUCGAAGACAUCUUUCUUCCCGUGGACGUGGAGAAGCAGGAGCACCACCGACUUGAACAUCUGCAGUUCCGACACGAGGACUCACUCAAAUUGCAUCACACGCUGCAGAAACAGCUCUAUAACAAGCCUGGAGACGUGGUUCUGGAGUUCUAUGAUGUGACGGUCUACAAGGAGGACAUUGACAACUUACAGCCUGGAUACUGGCUCAACGACAACAACAUUUCGUUUGUCUACGAGUACCUGGAGCGUCUGGAGAUUAUGCGGGCCGGCUUCCAGUCCCAGAUCUUCUUGUUACGUCCGUCUAUGGCAUUUCUGCUGGGCCAGGGAGACCCCAAAGAGGUGGCCGAAUUUCUGCCCGAUUUCAAGCAUGCAUCCUUCAUAUUCUUGCCCAUCAACGACAACAACAAUGUGGAGAUUGUCUCUGGUAACCAUUGGUCGCUAUUGGUGGUUUCUGUGGAGGACGGAAAGGCCAUUUACUACGACACUGUGGGCGAAUGCAACAUUGCAGCCGCGCGGAACGUUGCUGAUAAACUGGGUGUUGUUCUCGGCCAGAAGCUCAACUUUCUCGUUGCUCCUACUCCUCAGCAGAGCAAUGGCAGUGACUGUGGAGUCUAUGUGUGCGAGAUUACCUCUUUGCUGCUGAGGCGACUGCUGUACACCGAGGGGUUCAUUGAUUUGGGUAUUUCCAAUCUCACCUUUGUUGCCGAUGCAGGACGAACAUUCAUCCUCACUGCCAUCUUGCAGCUGAUCUCGAUGUUUGGUCCCAAGAUUCGGGAGCGAAUUGAGUGA